CUACAAAGAUGCGAGACUAAGAGCAAAAGGCAAAGCAAUUAUUUGUGCCAUUCUUGGUGCUAGUUUGGCUGCCGCGGUAGAGGCUAGAGAUUGUUGCUGUACUGCGGAGUCCCUGACUAUCGAAUCCCUUAAAAGCCUUACCCGGUCCCUUCAGGGGCAAGUGGCAGAAUUAAAAGAACAACUUAAGGCGGAAAAGGAUCAAGUGAAAUAUUUGCAAACUGCCCUUAAGGAGAAGCUCCUUGCAGAUACUACCUGUGAGGAAAUUCCCCCAAGAUCUGAAAUUGGCUACCCCUUUAAUGACCUGCAGGCAGCGAAAGAGAAAGUAGAGAAAUUAGAACCACUUUUGCUGCUACCCUUGGUCAAGACCAAGUACAUUUAUGAUGAUGAGCAGGACCAGUCCCCCCAAGUUACAACCAAGGAAGUCCCUUAUACUGCUGUCGAGUUGAUGAAACUAAAGAAGGAAUUUGGCCAAACCCCUAAGGAGCCAGAUACGGAGUAUGUGUGGAGAGUGUCGCUGUCUGGGGGGGAACAGAUUCUGUUAAGUGAAAGAGAGGCGGAAGGGUAUUGGGGACCAGGAGUGUUUUUAACUACUGGGAACCACCAUGCCCCCUGGUCUCUGACCCAGCAGGCAGCCUAUUGGGCAGGUGGCUUGAACCCCUUGGAGAGGGGGGACCCUCCGGCGAUUACGGGGACUGUGGAUCAAUUAGUAGAGAGUGUGCAGAAGGCAGCUUGUCUGCAGAUGAUGUAUGACCGAAAGUUGGAACCUGGACAGGAGUCCCCAAUGAUGAUGCCA